AUGGAUUCAGACGACGCCGAAGAAGUCAACAUCAACACCGAAAACAAGUACGUCAAAGAUGCCAAAGUAGGUGAAGGUACCUAUGCCGUGGUCUACAGUGGUACCUCUGUACAAACUGGACGCAAGGUCGCCAUCAAAAAGAUCAAAAUGGGCCAAUUCAAGGAUGGACUGGAUCUCACAGCGAUAAGAGAAGUAAAAUACCUUCAAGAACUACGCCAUCCUAAUGUAAUUGAGCUGAUAGAUGUCUUUUCACACAAAACCAACUUGAAUCUAGUAUUGGAGUACCUGGAUUCAGAUCUAGAACAAGUGAUCAAAGACAAGAGCAUUUUAUUUAUGCCAGCAGACAUCAAAUCCUGGAUGCUGAUGAUGUUGAGAGGGUUAGAUCAUUGCCAUAGACACUUUGUAUUACACAGGGAUAUGAAGCCCAACAAUUUAUUGCUUACCAGUGGAGGUGUGCUCAAGAUUGCAGAUUUUGGUUUAGCAAGAGAUUGGGGAGAUCCAGGAAAGCAAAUGACAUCUCAAGUAGUUACUAGAUGGUAUCGAUCCCCUGAAUUACUAUUUGGAGCAAAAGAGUACUCAUAUGCAGUGGACAUUUGGGCUGUUGGAUGUAUAUUUGCAGAACUCAUGUUGAGAACACCUUACGUAGCAGGCGACACAGACAUAGAUCAACUCACCAAAAUAUUUCAUGCAUUGGGUACGCCGAGUGAUGCUGACUGGCCGGGUAUGAGCUCUUUACCAGAUUAUAUUCAAUUCAAAUCAUUUCCCAAAGUACCACUGCGACAAUAUUUCACUGCUGCAGGCACAGAUGCACUCAGUUUACUGGAGCAAAUGUUGGUGUUUGAUCCCAACAAGCGAUGGACAGCGGAGGAAUGCCUUAGCCAUUCCUACUUUAGAAACACACCAUUGGCUACUGAACCGUCAAAGCUACCACAGCCCAAGAGAGCAGAAGUAGAGAUAUCCUCAUCGUUGAAACGCAAAGCGACAGAUCAUUUGGAUAGAAAGGUACCAAGAAAGCUGAACUUUGCUGUCUGA